AUGUCAUCCUCCGAUUCGGCGCUGGAUAAGCCGACGGGCGAGUACCGCCAAUACCUGCCGGACCUGAACCUCGAACGGUUCCAGGUGAUGUGCACCCAGGAUGCGCAUGAGUAUGCCCAUGCCUUUAAGACCGGCAAGCAGCCGCCGUGGUUGCAUGCGCUAUAUAUGCAUUGGUUGGAAUUGUUGCAGGAGCCUUUCAAGGGUGUCACUACCGACGGCAAGGUCCGUCAUGACCUGUUCACAUUACAAGAUGAAGAAGUCCCGAUUCAGCAAAUCGUGGACUCCACGCAAUUUAUGGUGUCCCUGCUGGAUGACAAGCAGAAGAAAGCUGUCCGCUACCACAUCGAUUCGCCCCAGUGGCGCACCUGGUCGAAUCCGGAGUUCCUGCUGGCACACAAGGGCGUCCGCCUCGACGAGGUGAAUGAGCAGACGCGCGAUGCGAUCAUGGACAUUCUCAAAUUAAAUCUCUCGCCGGAGGGCUACGAAAAGGCUGUCAAGGCCAUGCGCAUCAACCACUUCCUCGGCGAGCUCGUCAAGUCUCCCCGCGUGAUGAACGAGUUCUCGUACAAUUUCGUACUAUUCGGUCGCCCAUCGACGACCCGCCCAUGGGGCUGGUCUUUCUACGGCCAUCAUCUGUGCUUGAACGUCUUCCUGUACAAGGGCCAGAUUGUCGCGUCACCGUGGUUCACCGGUGCCGAGCCUAAUGAGAUCGACGCCGGUCCCCACGCUGGCACUCGUAUUAUGCAGGUGGAGGAGAAGCUCGGCCUGCAGCUGAUGCAGUCUCUGUCUGCCGAGCUGAAGUCCAACGCCCGCGUCUUCGCCCAGAUGAAGGAUCCCGCCAUGCCGCCCGGCCGCUGGAACAAAGACGACCAGCGACACCUGUGCGGUGCAUACCGCGAUAACCGCGAGGUACCGUACGAGGGUAUCCUGGCAGCGACAUUCAACGAGGCCCAGAAGAAGUUGAUGUACGGCAUUUUCGAGCAGUACCUUCUGUAUCUGCCAGCAAAGUCGCGAGCUAAGAAAAUCGAGGAGGUGCGCCGCUGGGAGGCCGAGACCUACUUCUGCUGGAUUGGAGGCUACGGCGAUGAAGAUCCCUUCUACUACCGCAUCCAGAGCCCUGUGAUUCUCAUCGAGUUCGAUCACCACUCUGGUGUCUUCUUGAAUAAUGAAGAACCGAAGAAGUUCCACAUCCACACUCUCCUCCGCACCCCCAACGGCGGUGAUUACGGACAUGCGCUGCGCGCUCAGAUCCCAGCUGUCGAGGGAUUGAAUGGGAAAGAGAUUGUCUGGUAG